GCUGUAAGGUACCCGAGAUCGGAAGGCUUGGUUUCGCUGCCUGUUUUUGGUUGGUUUUUCCGCACGGGUUUUUCUUUCUUUUUUGUGGCACCUCGCCAUGAAUGAACCGGGUAUGGCAUCAGGCACAUGGAACUGUGUUGCGUGACCACUUCGUUCUCCCCUACCGGAGCAAGCAACACAAAAAAGCCCUAAUUUCACAUUCAUCCAUGGUUAUGGUAAGCGAUCAAAAGUGAUCCUACCAGUUUUUUUUUGUUCGUGCCAGUUGCUGCAGCUUCGGUUGCUUCUUUCGCUUUGUUUGUUCUGGAUAAAUAAACCAGUUGCGUACGCAGCUCCCAUCCCUUCCGUGUGGAACCAGCUGCACCAGCAGUAGUGGUCGAUGCGGGAACUGGUCGCCGGUAGCAGCAAUCACUCGUCAGUAUGUCUACCGGUUCGCAGUGUGGUGGUGGGUCAGAGGAUGAGGUUUUGGGCUGUCGGAGAUUGUGUUACAGAUUUGAUCUUGACACUUGCCGUCAACAGCAUCCAGGUUGUGUGUGUGUGUUAAUUUUUUUUCCCCAAUGUCCGGUGUUAAAUAAUCCCCAGCAUCAUCAUCAUCAUCCUCACAUCAUGUCCAAUUAAGAGCCGCUGCUAAUCGUUGCCGAGGGACUUUUUGGGCGCGUUUGUUGUUAACCAGUGGUCAGCAACUUUUGACCUAGGGCAAACCCGGUGCCGAGAUUCAGGCUGCUGUGGUCCAGAUUUGAUCUUAGCGCAGAAGCCGGUCGGCUGAGCAUCGAAGGGAAACCGGAAUCAUGCGGUAGGCUUUUUGUUGGCGAAGGUCACGCAGGUUCAAGUGAUGCUGUGUACCGUGAACACCGCACGGUAGUAAGCUGUGAAUUGAAGCUUAACACCACCGGAUGAUUAAUAAGCGGCGUAAGGGCAUGCUGAUGAUGAGCGCGUGAUGGUUGCUAAAUGAGUGAACAGACGUCACGCUCACACUCAGCACGUCCACACGAGCCCUCUUCUGAGGAGAGGGCCACUGAACACAGGUGUUGUUGCAGAAUGUUUUUUUUUGGGUGGGUUUCUCGGGGUUUUUUCCGGUGGUCACCCUCCAUAGCUCGAUGUGAUGCUCUCGAUCGAUCGGCAUCAAUGCGAUCGGCGGAUUGUUUUUCGGUUCUGCUAACUGCUAAUGCUUUGCCUCGGUGUGUGUGUGUGUGUUUGACGCGAUGAAAUGGACGGGGAAUUUCAGUUUGACGUGCUUUAGCAAUUCGUGAUAGUUUAGAGAUUGUUGUCCUUUUUUUUUGUUGCUUUUGUUGGGUAUCGCGCUUUUGAACCGAACCGUCUGGCAACGUGUUGGUGAUCGGCGUGUGUUUUGCGGCUUGAGAUGGGCAGCUAGGUUUAUUGGAGCGUUUGCCGUGCCUUCCGCCGUAGUCAUGAACGGGAAGUUGAGGAAGCUACUCGCAUUCGCUAGCUGCUGGCUGGUGAGCUUGUCUUGUGUUGUCGGUGCCGAGCACGCGGCCACUGUGGACGGUAUACUCCGAUCGGUUGUAGCUGUGCGGUCACAACUGGAACCGGUACUGACAUAUCGGUUGGCGCAACGCACCACCACACGGCCACAGAUGACACGAAUGGGAGGUUUGUCCUGUGGCAGUUCGAUAGCCAUUCCCGGUUUGCAACGGUUGUUUAAGUGUGUUACUACAGACAAACCUGCAGUGGACAUUCAAGACCGUGCGGACGACUUUAACCUCCGGUACAGUCCGGUAGAGGUGGUCAACUCCGAAAUGAAAGCAACCUGGUCCACGUACGAAAAUGGCGGAACGAGUGAUAGGAGUCGUCCAGCUCAGAGAGAGCCAGUGCGUGCGAAUCCUCUCGGUCUACUAUUUCCUUCGCUGCAGCAGAUCAAUCAAUUCAACCAGUGGCAACGACCUUACCAGAGUUCUAACCAGCUUCCAGCAGCAACCACCACAACCACCACCACCACCACAGGUCGUCCACAUGUGGAUGAUUUUUAUUUCCCUCCUAGUGAUGAUGAUCGUGUUACGCCGUUAAGCACUGCACGACCCACCCAGUACUACACCACACCGAUCCCGUCGAGCGGUCACGGUCCCGGUCAGCAUCUCUGGGUGACGAGCACACCUGGUUCCACCUCCUGGCCAGGAUCGGACGUAACGAAAGGUCCGCUCGAGGAAAGCACUACGGACCCACCCGAGGACGAUAUUGGUCUAGGGAAUCGAAUCGACAACAAACUUCUGCUCUCGCUCGUAGGUUAAGCCGCCAUCAGUUUCUGCCUCUCAUUAGAUCGGUGCCGUCCAUAAUGAAUGGCUUUCGUUAAUAAAAUAAUGUAAAUUUAUGCAUAUUGUCGUCUGGUCUAUCGCUAUCUCGCUCUCUACAUAAGCGUGUGCUGCAUUUUUUUUUGCAAAUCAUGUCCGGUGUGCUACUAGUUACUGCGUCGUGCCCAUUGAUAACAAUCAAUAUAUAUAUAUAUUUCGACUCGCACGAAUUCUGCUGAAGAGAGCUUAACAGCAGCAAAAAAAAA